UUCUGAUAAUUUUCCUUGCCUCAUUUUAUUUGCACGAUAUCCAAAUACAAGUAACUGCGCGUCUAUGACAUUAGAUUUUUCAGAACCAUUUGGUCCGACAAUCGCAGAAAAUGACGAAAUUAAAAAAUUUUACGAUUAG